GUCCGGCCAAUCGGAAAGCACUAAGAGUGUAAACAAACCACGAGGACGAAAAAAUCCCUCUCUGAUAGGCGGGCGGGUUUCGGCGCGGCGGCCGAGAGCCAAUCAGCUGGACGGGUGCCCUGUUAAGCUAGCAAGAGCGACGCUGAGGGAACUAAAACUAAAAGCAGCGGAGAAUGAAAAACAAAACAAGAGAGGAGGGAAGUUUUUGCCGCAGGCAGUCGUUUUAUCACCGGUAUGUGUAAGGCAGUUAGAGGACUGGGUACACGUUGUUUUGUUUAAACAGAAGUUAGACGGCUUAUAUUGACUGGGGGGGCGGGGGGUUCCGUUUUUUUUUUUUUUUUUUUCAAUUUAAUUUAACGUCAGGGAAAGAAAAUGAGCGACUGCUCGGAGAACGGAGACUCUUCGUCGAAACCCAAACUGCAACGCGCGCCCCCGAGUCCGGAGCGCGCUGCGCCGGCGGCGAAAAAGGCGAAAGUGGAUAAGACAGAGAGCGAGGCGCUCCUUUCUCCUCCUCGGAACGGAGAAUCGAAAAAGCUGAAACAAAGUGCUGCGAAGAGGCCGAACGACGGGGAGGCCUCUGUUGAAUUGUCCGCAUUUGCUGCUGAAACGGAUCAGGAAAAGGCGCGGGAGUGCGACAGCGCGUCCCCGGCAGCCGAGGACGCGGAUGGCAGCUCGAGCGCUGCGCCUGUCGGGGACGCGCCGCCUGUUUUGGGAGGCAAAACAGAAGCCGCGGCAGGGAGCGCGCGUCUUAAAGAGGCAGAGCAGCAGGACUCGGACUGGGCAGCAAUGGCUGCGGCGGAAGCGUUGGCUAGCUUGACACGGGGGGGAGGAGGAGGAGGAGGAGGAGGAGGAGGAGGAGGUAGUGGGGACCAAGGCCGCUUUUUUGUCAGUGUCCCACAGAAGGCCAAAACCAAACGAAAGCCUGAUAAAAGCAGUAAAACAAAUAAAACACCAGAGGACUGUAUGACAGAAGGCACCUCACAACACACAGACUCGGAUAGCGAUGAAGGUAGCCGGACCCCAAAACAGUCGGACACCAGCCCGGAUAAAACAGGAACUGGGUCCACCUCAGAAGCAGGCAAGCCCAGUAAAACGGGCAGGGUUGUGGACAGCGAGAGGGCAGAGGCGGUGUACACCAGCGUGGAGGACGAUGAAGCGGAGGUAGAAACGGGCUCUUCGUCCCCUGCUGCCUCAUCCUCCUCCUCCUCCUCCUCCUCCUCGGAGAACGCAGAGGAUGCGGAGUGCGCUAUCGUUUCCGUGGAGACCCGGGUUGCCCCGGAGACCAGGCGUUCCCUGGAAACGCUGGCACAGAUCCAGGGCGAGCUGGAGGAGAUUGAAAAGCGCGCCGCACGCCUCUACCGCCGCAUGGAGCUGAAGUUUAACCAAAUGAGGCGGCCGCACGUAGAGAAGAGGAACGCGGUCAUCCAGGGCAUCCCCGGGUUCUGGGUCACCGCUUUCCUGAACCACCCUCAGAUCUCAGCCCACAUCGAUGAGCACGAUGAAGACGCUCUGAGCUUCAUGACAAACCUGGAGGUAGAGCAUUUUAAGGGCGCACGGCUGGGCUACCGGAUCUGCUUUCGCUUCAGUAGGAACCCCUACUUUCAUAAUGAAGUCCUGGUCAAGGAGUUCCAUCUCAGGACCAAUGGAGCCUCCAUCUCGUUCUCGAACCCCAUCUGCUGGCUGCGAGGCAGGAACCUGGCUGCUCACAGUGGGAUGGUGAAGGGGCCGGGGAGCCUGCGAGUGUACCAGAGCUUUUUCAGCUGGUUCACCGACCACAGCAGCCCUACCACCGACGAGAUAGCGGAGCUUCUGAAGGAUGACCUGUGGAAAAAUCCGCUGCGGUACUACCUGCUUCCACUGAGCCAGGGCACAGAGAAUGGACGGCAAGUGGGCAACGGAAGCAGGGAUGAGUGUGUGGUGAUCUCUGACUCGGAUGAAGAAGUGCCUGCUGAAGAUGAAUCGAAAGAAGAGGGCAGCGAGGAAGGGGAGAGUUCUGAGGAGGAGACACAGGCAGAGAGAGAGGUUGUCAUUGAUGGAUCGGAGGAGAGCAGGAGCGGAGAGGAGAAGGAGGAAAGUGAUGAGGAUGAUGAUGAUGAUGAUGAGGGGGUCUCGGAUGAGCAGGACGAGGAGGAAGUGGACGUAGAGGAGCUUGACGAGAGCCUGGGGGGCAAAGGUCAAGAGGCAGAGAUGAAAGGUCAAUACGAAGAAGACCAAGAGGACAUUGAGGUGGACGGAGAUGAAGACAGUUAAAGAAAUGAAUAAAGCUGCAAAGCCUUUUUUUGUUUUUCUUACCAGUAUAUAAAUAUAUAUUUUUUAAACAAAAAGAAAAAACUUUCUAAAUCAGGGUUAAAGAAAAUUCAUCGACCUCCUGAAGACACACUUCAAAACCCAGCUGUUUUAAUUACUUAUUUCUCAAAGCAUGUCACCUCAUGUGAAUAUGUAUUGCAGUUUAUACAAGUGUUCAGGUCUGACUACUAGGCUGUACUGCUUUUCUUACAGUCUCUAACACUGAGAGUAGCCCACACUAACCCUCCUAGUCCCUUGACUCAAAACACUGUUGCUAGCUGCCUGUACCACUUUGUGUAUUUGUUAACUUGCAUCAUGGUUAAAAAAGAGAACAGUUAAGAGAUCACUUAUUAAUGUUACACUGUUGAAAGCUCUAGCAGUCAUAAUCUGGUAUGAUCAAAGUUUUGUCUCCUAAAUUAUUUGGCUGGUAGUUUCCUGUUAAACCGCACUAAGAUGAAAGCCAGUUAAGAAUUUAAAAGAAAAAAAAAAAAAAAAGAUUUGUGGUUAUUUCUUCUUGCGUCAUUGAAACGUUUGUUUGAGCUGUACAGUUUCAAAUGAGUAACAACAUACAAACUUGUUGAAGAGUAAAUUAUUUCAAAUAGAAA